AUGCUCCAGUCGUUCGUCCAGAAGGCGUCAUCGCUGAUCGAUCCAGCCAAUUUCAACAUCCCCGCGCUCUCUUCUUCCGACAACAAUCCCUCUAAAGCAUCACUGUUCCGCCAACAAUUCCGCCUCCCGGACUCGCAGAACCCGCUGCAGGAGAUCACUGCGGACCUUGUUCUCCCGCUUCCCCAUUCAUCCAGCGGCUCACCGAGCGAUGGCUCUCGCCGCAUCGACCACGCAGGGAACCGCUACAACGGCCGUCUGCACAUAAGCGAACGAUUCAUCUGCUUCUCUACCCAGCCGACUAGCUUCGUUCCCUCUGCUACACAUAGCGCUUCGACCAAUUGGACAGGCCAGACACAUGGGACCGGUCCCUCAGGCAAUGGCUUCACGCUGCCACUUUCUUGCAUCCGUCGUGUGGAACGUUUACACAGCGCUAGCCAUGUCUUCUCUUUGGCCCUGACUACCUGGAACGGCUUGUUGAUCAAGUCACAAGAGUUGAGCCCGGCACCCCAAAGACUCAUCCUCCAACUUGUUGGCAGUCGACAGGCCUGUGAGCGCUUCUGUGAUUGUCUCAAGAAGGGCCUGCGUGAAGCGAUGAAGGAAGUGGAGAGCUUGCGCCUUGUUGUCUCGGACUGUUACUCGGAAUACCUUCUGUCGAACACCAAGUCAAAGCCUGUGGAGGGAACCGAAUCAGAUGCUCGUCAGCCACCUGAUGCCGGGUUGGGUAUGAUUUUCCGCUAUCCCGGUGAUGCUCGCAAGCUCCGUGAUCGCAGUAAGAUGAGGCUUUGGGGUGAAUAUUUUAGAGAGAAUGGCCGCAAUGCAACCCUCGUGCGCCAGCCGACCUUCCACAAGCUGAUCAGAGUCGGCCUACCGAAUCGAUUGCGCGGUGAGAUCUGGGAGCUGACAGCUGGGUCACUCUUCCUUCGCCUUAGGUCUCCUAAACUGUACCAGGAGACGUUGGCGAAAUUUCAAGGCCAAGAGUCUCUUGCCAUUGAUGAGAUCGAGAAGGACCUCAACCGCAGUUUGCCUGAAUAUCCUGCAUACCAAAGUGAAGAGGGCAUCGGUCGACUGCGUCGAGUCCUAACAGCCUACAGUUGGACUAACGCCGAAAUUGGUUAUUGUCAGGCUAUGAACAUUGUCGUUGCAGCAUUGUUGAUAUACACAUCCGAAGCCCAGGCAUUUUUCCUUCUGUCCGUGCUAUGUGACCGUCUAGUGCCAGGCUACUACUCCACGACCAUGUACGGUACACUACUCGACCAGAAAGUCUUCGAGUCGUUGGUAGAGAAAACUAUGCCGGUGCUCUGGGAUCACCUUGCCAAAUCCGAUGUACAGCUCUCCGUGGUCUCCUUGCCAUGGUUCCUCUCCCUUUAUAUCAAUUCGAUGCCCCUCGUCUUUGCUUUCCGAGUCCUGGACGUCUUCUUUCUGGAAGGACCCAAGGUGCUUUUCCAAGUUGGCUUGGCUAUUCUUCGCAUCAACGGCGAAGAGCUUUUGGAUAUCCAGGAUGAUGGAUCAUUUAUCUCCAUUCUGAAAUCAUAUUUCGCUCGCCUAGAUGAAUCUGCACACCCUCGAUCCGAGAACCCGAAGCUGCGGGCCAUCACUAGGUUCCAAGAAUUGAUGGUGGUUGCUUUCAAAGAAUUUUCGGGUAUCACCCACAAUACAAUUACCGAGCAGCGUGAAAAGCACAAGGAUGCUGUUCUCGAGAAUAUCGAGAACUUUGCCAAACGCACCUCCAUUCGCAACCUUGGGCCAGAGAGCAAGCGUCUCAGUGUGGACGAUCUGGGAACAAUUUACGACCGCUUUUAUGAGACCCUGUACCAGUGGCAGAAACAUCAAAGAUCUCUUGAAGAGGAGAGAAAACUCCAGGCGAAGAAGAAAUCCGAGCGUCUCUCCGCGCUUGCGCACCCUGCAGACAAUCAAGUCGGCCGCGUGGGUCUUGGCCCAAGCCCAACUCACAUGGACUACGAAGCCUUCCGUGAAUUCCUCGCGGCUACUGCAAAGUGGGCUGUGGCUGACUCGCCCGCACCAUUGAGGAAAGAGUCAGAAGCAAGCUACCACAACCACAGCCUCAAGGGCAAUGGGAGAUCGUUGCUAUGGGCGAACCGCCCACAGCCGGCUGACCAUGAGUUCAUGCAGCGUCUGUACCGGAAAUGGGCUACUGACCCUGAGGAAGGGUUGAGUCUCCAGAAUGUGGUGAAUGGCAUGGCGCGUCUCAAGGGAUCACCCGACAUCAUGAACAACAUCAACUACUUCUUCGAUCUCUAUGAUGACAGUGGAACCGGACUUGUUGACCGUGAGGGAAUCCUUCGAAUGUCCGAGGGCCUGCUAUUCCUUUCUCGUCGCGGAUUCGAAGGGGUCAUCAACGUCACUCAACCCCUGGAGGAUUUGAACGGACCCCGGGACCGCGAGCAUGUCGAACAGAACAGGCUUUCCGCCGAAGAACGGUUCCUGGGUAGCGUCAGCGCCUUUAUUCGUCGGUGCUUCGAAUACGCCGACCCCAGCAACCCUGAAAAUCAAAAGGCCGCCAUUCAGAACGCCACCGCCGAAGCGACUGAAAAGCUGGACUCCUUUGCCAUCGGCGACGAGGAAGACGAAGAGGAAGAUCUGAUCGACGUGGGUGAAGAACCCAAACCCGACUCCUCCUCGCCCACACUCGAAACACCAUCCAAACCAGCGGUCGCCGCACGAACCAACCGCCAGGUCUCCGAGUCCGCCAAUCCAGCCCUCGACCCCAACAACCCACUCCACAUCACCCUCCCAACCUUCCGCAUGGUCGUCCUAGCCGAUGAACUCCUCGAACAAUUCUUUGAGUCCUUCUUUCCCCAGUCCUUCCACCUAUCCGACCACCCGCACCCAGCCUCUCUGGCCGCCUCCUCCCUCUCCUCAAACCUAACAACCUUCUCCAACAUCGGCAGCGCCCGCCCGUCAAACCUCACAGCCGCUGGAACCGUCUCCAUCGCAGGCGCAUCAGGCGGCAUCGUUCCGCCGGGCAAGGGUCUCCGCGGCGUCCUCGACAAUAUCGCCACAGAGGGAAUCCGCAUGGCCGCCGAAGUCAAGAAGAGGAUGGACGACGCGCAGCGUGAAAUGGAGCGCAAUGCUCUUGGCCGCGAGGAGGAGGAGGAGGAUGAGGAAGAAGAUGAUGAGGAUCUUCGUCGCGAUCUUCUUGAAGGCGCUGAGGUUGUGAAUGUUCGUGGAAAAGAUGGUGCUGCUUCUCCUGGUGCUGCGGGUCAGGCAGGUGGAAAUGGGGGCUCUGAUGGUGAGGUCGUCAGCAAGGUUGUUGAGUUCGAGUCAUGA